AGAUUGUAGAUAUUAAUAUCUAACACUUGCUAGCAGGCAGGAGCCUCACAUCAAGAAGUCAAACAGAUCCUUCAGGUGGAUAUUAUUCAUAUCGUACGCUUGAACUUCUUCAGUUCUGAAAUUUUGGAGCCUGGAUUUUGAAGAAAACAUACUUCCAUGCAUAUGAAGGUUUGGUAAAUAUUCAUCUUUGCUUUGUUCUGGAUUUAAAGACUCAUCUAAAAGUCACGAACAAAGAGCAAUUUAAUCAAUUAAGUCAAUCGUAUCCUGGGAUACUGGGUAGCAUUAGCUCUGGAUUAAAUUCCAUCAUUCGGUGAAAGUAACUCAUGGCUCAGUUCAGCUCCUGCCAACACCCAGACCUGUCAAACAGAGCCGUUAUCUACAGCCCAGUAACCAUCUGUUCAGAUCGGGACACACAGAGCGGCAAAGAGGAUGAGGAGGCAAUGGGGGAAUUUGAAGAGGUGGAACUAGCAGAGGAGGUAGGUGAAGAUGUCUUAAUGUUAACUGUGGCAGGACAGCAGCAAGUUGAUGGCACUGUGAAUGAGUCGAGACAGCAAAGUGAAAAUGAGGACACAAGAAGAAGUGAAGUGGCUUCACUACAACACAAGGAAGAAGAGGAGCAUGUAAAGGAGGGAACUGAUGUGGGGGAUGAAGAUCGAGGAACGUUAGAUGAACAGACAAAAGACAAAGAAUGUGAGACCAUCAUAAGUUCUUCUCCUGUGUUAGCAGAGACUAAGAAAUAUCAACUAUCAGACAGCAGUGAAGUCCUCAGGGAGAAAAUCUAUGCAGAAGAAUGUAUGGAAACAAUUGAAACAAAUAUGUGGGACUCCAGUUUGAAAGAACUCAGUGUCAACUGUCUUGAUGUCUGCUUGGGGCAGUCUGGAGAUGGGAACAAAUAUUCUGAUGGAAAAACUUCAGAAGACACGACCCAACAUCCUGACCAUUUAGAGAGAGACUUGGCCCAAGUUCGCACAGCAGUAAAGGAAAAUGUCAGCUCUCAGGGUAAUCCAUGCCAAAACAAUGACUGCACAGAAGUCAAGACACUUAACCAAACCGAAGACAAGCAGAUAAUAACCAGCCAUCAAGAAGAGGUGAAAAACAAUGAGAACAGGAAAAACACAAACACCAUUUCUGGUUCUCAUGAUCAGCAUUCCGAUGUUGAGUCAAAGAUAGGAAGUAAAGCAGGUGAAGAGACAGAACCGGGAAUGCUGCUCACUGUAACCUUUGACCCACAAUCACUGACAGAGAUUGGGUUUGCAGAAAGGAAAGCAAGGGUCGGAGUCGGCCAGGCUGAGACUUUGGAAGAUGAGGAAGAUGAAAGAAAGACAUGCCAAGAAGUUAUUGGAGACUUAGUGUUUGAGGGAAAAGAUGAAAUGGAAAAAGAAAUGUUUCAUCAGAUUGAAAACCUGGCAGCUGAUGUUCAUGUAGAACCGGGUGAGCUGCAUGUGCAGGAUGUGUCUGUAGAUGGACACAAAGGUAAGAUUUUUGAUAAGGAGAGGGACACAUCUGAAAAGAAUGAAAAAACUGAAGUCUCAUUAAAUAAAAAUGCAACUACAACAGCUGAAAGAGGAAGAGGGCAUGAGCAUCUUUUGCAAGAUCUCAGAAUGUCUGAAAUAGAUCCAGGAGACAAUCAGCAACUCAAGCAACUUGCUGAAGAUAAGAAAGAGACUGAACAAGAAAAUGUAAUAGAAGGAGAAGUUGAAAUGGGAGAGGAACCUGUCACUGUUUUAGAUGAUUACAUCAUAGACUCCACCGAUGGUCCAAGCAUUCCAUUUAUAAAAUGGCCUUUUGGUACAACUAGUGAGAGACAGCAGGAUGAAGAGCUUCAAAAAGUGUCAGUGCAAGCUGGAGAAAAGGAAGACGAAAAAAAGAAACAAGUCCAAGAAAAAGAAAAGUACACAAAACAAGAUGGGGAGAAAGAGAAACUAAAAGAAAAAGAAGAGAGAAAGGAUGAUCAGAUUUUAAAAGACAUAAAGAAAGACUCUGAAGUUAAAGGACUGAAGCAGGCAAUAGAGAAUGGAACUGUGGGGGUGCAACUACAACCACUCUGGAAUGAAGGACAGGGGAAAUCGAAACUGCUGUCAACCAUGAGAAAAGAUGAUGACUGGAUUAAAAGAGAUCAGCAAGGUGAAGGGUUUGGAGAGGAGGUUAAAGACUGGAGAAAAGAACUGAGACCUUUUAGAAAAAAUAUCUUGGAGAAUGAAAGGUGUGGCCAAGAAUGGAUGAUAGAAAAAAAAGUGCCAGAACCAAAAAGUUCACAGAAGAAGGGGGACUGCAUGAAAGAGUUAAAGUCAAUGAUCAAAGAUGAAUCCCAGUCCAAAAAAAAAGAUGACCAAGUGAAGAAGAAGCGAGUAGUGCUACUGGAGGAUGGCCAUUCAUAUAUACCACAGCGGGAGGAGAUGACCCCGGACGAGAGAGAGGAGGUCAAGCUGAUCGUCCACAGGAAAGUGGAAAGCCCAGUGCAUCCUAAACGAAGAAACAGCAGAACACUUCAAGAUCAGAACCAUGAAAUCUCUCUCUAUGUGAAGGCAGGAAGUGAUGGAGAGAGCAUCGGAAACUGUCCUUUUUCUCAGAGAAUCUUCAUGAUCUUACUGCUGAAAGGAGUCAUCUUUACUGUCACCACAGUGGAUGUGAAGAGAAAACCAGCAAACCUACAGGACCUCGCUCCAGGGGUUAAUCCUCCUUUCAUGACAUUUGAUGGCGAGGUCAAGGUUGAUGUUAACAAGAUAGAGGAGUUCCUGGAGGAGAAACUCACUCCACCACGGUACCCCAGACUAGCUCCCAAACAUCCUGAAGCCAACACAGCAGGAAUAGACAUUUUUGCCAAGUUUUCUGCCUACAUCAAAAACCCAAGAAGAGACACACAUGAUGCCUUAGAGAAAGCCUUACUGAAGUCUCUCCGUCGUCUCGAUGACUUCCUGAGGACGCCCCUGUCUGAGGAGAUUGAUGCAGAUGCAGUUGGCGACCUGCCUGAGUCCACCAGAAGCUUCCUGGAUGGACCUGAACUCACCCUUGCAGAUUGUAACCUGCUACCUAAACUACAUAUUCUCAAGGUCAUAGUGAAGAAAUACCGUGGACUUGACAUCCCUGCAGAAAUGACUGGUGUGUGGAGAUAUUUGACCUGUGCCUACUUAAAGAAAGAGUUCACCAGCACUUGCCCUGCAGAACGAGAGAUUGAGUUUGCCUACAUGGACGUUGCAAAACUAAUUAAGUAGGAGUGGAGAAAAGAGAAGUUGGUUUGGAGGAAUAAAUUAAAUUAAAACAAUUAAACAAACCAAAUGUCUUUUUCUUAUUAGAAGAAAAAGAUAACAUGGAAAAAUUCAGAUGCAAGCUCUACAAUAGCUAGUUUGAUUGUCAAGGUGAGGGGAGGAGAGUCAGAUUAUAACCUAACAAGAUCCAAUGUGAAUUUAUAGUUUUUACAGACAGACAGACACUUAUUAAAAAUGAUGAGGUAUGAUUUUGUCUUUGUGCACUCACCGGUUGGGAUGCAUGUUGUGGAACAUUUUUCAUGUGAUGUUUCUUUACUCCCUCUCAUGAUGGCAGAGCCACAUUUACAGUAAAAUGACUAAAAGAUAUAUAACUUACAACAAAAGAUGAAUAUCACAAACAAUGAAAUGAAACACGUGACACUGUGAUCACAAGUCAAGGCCUUGGUCUUUAAACAUCUGGUGUCCUUAUUUCUUUUCUUCACAGUUUCUGAGUUCUUAGAGCUGUGAGUUCAGUGGAGCCCACCUAUUAUCAGUUCAGUAUACUCAUAGAUUCAUCUGUUGUCAGACUUUUUCAUUCAUGAACUGUUUUGUAAAAUAUUUUAGAGAAAAUGCAGGUUGUUGGUUGAAAUGCUACUUGACACACUAUUGGCUGGUGUUUGCAAAGCAACCAGGAGUUCAGUUGAUUUCCCUUGCUGCUGAUUACCACCAAGAGAGACAAUAUCUUUGCAGUAGUGCUAAGGUAGUGUUCACUGUGCAUAAUUUUAAGGUGUAUUAAGGUAUAUUUGGUGUUUGAAAUAUUAAAAUAGGAAGCCUUAGGCAUUUUGGGGGGUUGGGGACUUGAGUAUUUGUAGAUUUGAUGUAGAAGUGCAAAUAAAAAUCCUUUUCCACA